AUGCACCAGCGGGACCUUGUUGCUGGUCUUCCCAGGGUGCUCCCUCCCCUUCCCGACUCGCCUGCUCCUCCCUGUAUUCCCUGUGUCGAGGGACGGCAGCGCGCCGCUCCUCACUCCUCCUCCUUUCCCCCGACGACUGCCCCCUUGCAGACGCUCCACAUGGACGUGUGGGGCCCAGCCCGCGUCCGUGGUCAGGGUCAGGAGAGGUACUUCCUGAUUGUUGUUGACGACUUCUCGCGCUACACCACGGUCUUCCCCUUGCGCACCAAGGGUGACGUCCCUGAGGUCUUGAUCCCUUGGAUCCGCAGAUCUCGUCUCCAGCUCCGUGAGCGUUUCCGCUCCGACUUCCCUGUCCUGCGUCUGCACUCUGACAGGGGUGGGGAGUUCUCCUCUGGCCUAUUGGAGGCCUUCUGUCAGCAGGAGGGCAUUGAGCAGUCGUACACGCUUCCGGCCUCUCCACAGCAGAAUGGGGUUGCUGAGCGCCGCAUUGGUCUGGUCAUGGAGGUCGCUCGUACCUCCUUGAUUCAUGCGGCUGCCCCCCAUUUUCUGUGGCCGUUUGCAGUCCGAUACGCUGCGCAUCAGCUCAACCUCUGGCCCCGUGUCUCCUUGCCCGAGACUUCUCCGACACUGCGUUGGACGGGAGAGACUGGCGAUGCAUCGCGUUUUCGGGUCUGGGGAUCCCGAGCUUUUGUCCGCGACACGUCCGCGGACAAGCUCUCCCGUCGCGCUGUCCCCUGCGUCUUCCUUGGCUUUGUCCCGGACGCCCCUGGUUGGCAGUUCUACCACCCCACCUCGCGGCGUGUCCUGGCCUCUCAGGACGUCACUUUUGACGAGUCCGUCCCCUACUACCGCCUCUUCCCCUACCGCACUGCCCCGCUCCCCCCCCCGCCUCUCUUCCUUGCUCCAGGUGCUGAGGUACCAGACCCCCUCCCCCCUCAGGGUGCCGCUCCCUCAGGUGUGUCCCAGGUAGACCCGGGUGAGCCUGUCGAGGUAGCUGUUGACUCUCGUCCUGCUCGGGGUGCUGAGCCUGGGGGUGCUGCGUCUGGGGGUACUGAGCCUGGGGGUGCUGAGUCUGGGGGUGCUGAGCCUGGAGGUGCUGCGCCUGGGGGUGCUGCGUCUGGGGGUGCUGAGCCUGAGCGUGCUACACCUGGAGGAGCCCUCUCCUCCCAGCAGCUGCAGGAGAGGUACCUCGAGUACUGCCGCCUCCGGAGAGGUGCUGCUGGAGCUCGUCCCGGUACUUCCCCUCCUCCCCAGGAGCUCCCCCCCAUUCAGCAGAUCCGCGAGUGGUACACACGGCGCUGCAGUCUUCGGAGUGGUGCUCCUGGUGCUGCGGACCCUGGGGGUGGCGCUGCUGCUGGUGCUGAGGACCCGGACGUUGGAGCUGCUGCUGGUGCUGCGGACCCGCCUGGUGGAGCUGCUGCUGGUGCUGAGGACUCGGACGUUGGAGCUGCUGCUGGAGCUGAGGACCCGGGCGGUGGCGCUGCUGCUGGUACUGAGGACUCGGACGGUGGAGCUGCUGCUGGACCUGAGGACCCGAGCGGUGGCGCUGCUGCUGCUUCUGAGGACCCGGGCGUUGGAGCUACUCCUGGUGCUGAGGACCCGGCCGGUGGAGCUGCUGCUGGUGCUGUGGACCCGGCCGCUGGAGUCUCCUCUGCUUCUGGAGACGCUGCGCGGCCGCGACCGUACUUCGUACCGCUCCUUCAGCAGGUUCUUGGGCAGGCUCCUCCUCCUUGUCCUCCUCCCUCCGUAGAGUGUCCUCUGCCUGUCCAGUCGCAGUCACAGUUACCACCUACCUCGCCUCUCCCUGCUCCCUCUCCUUACACUGGUCCCACAGGAGGUCUUACAGAGCGUCGUGAGCCUGAGUCUCGUCCUGCGUCGCCUGUUCGUCCUGCUCGCACUGGUAGUCGUGUCCGUCGUGAGCGUCCUCCUCCUGUCCCAGGCACUCACUACAUGACUCUACGUCCCUCUACUGCUCCUCAGCGUGUCCCUCUACCGUCUCCUCCCGCGUCUUCUUUGCCUCACGUUCCGGACCCUGAGUCUGACCGGUACCGUGCUGAGCACCCUACUGUCACGCGUCUCCUCGCUACUGUUGUCACUGACCCUACCUUUGAGUCCUCUACUGCGUCUGCUCUGGUCGCUGAGUUGGUUGACUUUGCUGCUGCCUGUCGCCUAGACUACGCUGCUAGCCUUGUUGCUGAGUCUGAGUCUGAGUCUGUCUGUCCUCCGUCCGUCGGGGGUGAGUGUGCUCUUGGCACGGACGUCCUUGAGGACAGACAGGAGGAGUUCCAGUGUCUUGCUGCUGCUUUGCCCCGUCUCGUGUCCUUGCUAGUUGCCCCUGAGGGAGACCCGGAUGCACCAGACAUCCCGACCCCACGCACUUACGCUGAGGCGAUGGCGGGUCCCUACUCCUCUCAGUGGCAGACGGCCAUGGACGCCGAGAUGGCUUCCUGGAAGUCCACACGCACCUACGUCGACGAGGUUCCCCCUCCUGGGGCGAACAUCGUCAGUGGCAUGUGGAUUUUCAGGGUGAAGCGGCCGCCGGGUUCUCCGCCUGUCUUCAAGGCGCGUUACGUGGCUCGAGGCUUCAGUCAGCGAGAGGGAGUUGACUUCUUCCAUACCUUCUCCCCCACCCCGAAGAUGACCACUCUUCGGGUGCUGCUGCACAUAGCCGCUCACCGCGACUACGAGCUUCACUCACUUGACUUCAGCACUGCCUUCUUGCAGGGCAGCCUGCACGAGGAGAUCUGGCUGCGCCGCCCACCUGGCUUCACUGGGUCGUUUCCUCCUGGUACCCAGUGGAGGCUUCAGCGGCCGGUCUACGGUCUCCGCCAGGCUCCGCGUGAGUGGCACGACACACUGAGGACUACACUUGCGGCUCUUGGGUUUGCGCCUUCUACAGCUGACCUGUCGCUGUUCCUGCGCACCGACACUUCGCUGCCGCCGUUCUACAUCCUCGUGUACGUCGACGACUUGGUCUUUGCCACUGCUGACACUGCAGGACUCGCCUACGUGAAGUCAGAGCUGCAGAGGAGACACACGUGCACAGACCUGGGUGAGCUGACAAGCUAUCUUGGCUUGCGGAUCACCCGGGACAGAGCACGGCGCACCAUCACCUUGACUCAGUCACACAUGGUGCAGCAGGUUCUCCAGCGCUUUGGCUUCACGUACUCCUCGCCUCAGUCCACUCCUCUGCCUGCCGGUCACUCGCUCUCAGCUCUGCCUUCGGAUGAGUCCGUAGAGCCGAGUGGCCCGUAUCCAGAGCUUGUGGGCUGCCUCAUGUACCUGAUGACCUGCACUCGACCUGACCUUGCAUACCCUCUUAGCAUCCUUGCACGCUAUGUCGCUCCUGGCCGUCACAGGAAGGAGCACAUGGAUGCCGCUAAGAGGGUGUUGCGCUACUUGUGCAGUACGUCGGGCAUGGGGCUUGUGCUUGGAGGGCGAGACCGAGUUGUGCUCACAGGGCACUCAGACGCUUCUUGGGCAGAUGACCAGGCCACUCAGCGGUCGUCUCAGGGUUACACCUUCAGCCUUGGCUCUGGCUCAGUUUCUUGGCGCUCUACACGCUCUUCUUCUGUUCUCGGCUCCAGUUGCGAGGCUGAGAUCUACGCUACAGCCAUGGCUGCCCAGGAGCUACGCUGGCUGACCUACCUGCUGACUGACCUCGGAGAGCCGCCUCGUUCUCCUCCAGUACUGUACGUCGACAACAAGGCUGCCAUUGCCUUGUGUGAGGAGCACCGACUGGAGCACAGAACGAAGCACAUCGCUCUGCGGUACUUCCUUGCUCGAGAGCUGCAGCAGCGCGGUCAGCUUUGUAUUCGCUACGUGGCCACUGAGGCCAACACUGCUGAUGUGUUCACCAAGGCGCUUCAGCCUCGUGACCAUCAGCGUUUCUGCACUCUACUUGGCCUUGUGCCUACUGGACCUCACUUGCUUACCUCUUGA